AUGUUCUUGGUUGUUGUUACUCUGCAACUCAUAGCUGUGGGCCACGGAGCAUCCGUUGAGGUGGAGAAGGCCUUCCAGGAGUUCAUGAGGACUUACGAUAAGAGAUACGACACGGAUGAGCAGUAUCAAGUAGCCAAGGAUGCUUUCGAGAACACUAUGAGAGAGAUUGAAACUCUGCGAGCCAACAGCAAUGUGACGCAUGAAGUCGGUCUCAAUGAAUAUGCCGAUUUACCGAAAGAAGUCUUUAAUGACAUCUUGAAGUGCGACUUUGCUCCAAAACUACAUACACCGAUGAUCCGAGCAACAGCCAUUCCCACUGUCCCGCAGGAUUCCUUUGAGGUAGGAGAUUAUCCUCCAUCGGUAGACUGGGAAGCUGCAGGCGCUCUGGCACCCGUAAGACGCCAAUCGGGUGACGUAAAGAAAUGUGGAAGCUGCUACGCAAUUGGGGCCGCUGUCGUUAUGGAGAGUCGUUUCAAGAUCGAACUCUCACAGCCUAGAGUCGUACCUUUCUCCGUUCAACAGUUGGUUGACUGCAGUACAACAUACGGCAAUCGGGGCUGCGAUGGAGGGCGAGCUCAAGAGGCGUUUGCGUACUCGAAGGCGGAGGGCAUUGUGAAGGAGUCCAGCUAUCAGUAUAUGUUCGAGGAAGGCCCAUGCAAGGAGAGUGUCGUUAAGAAUCCCGAUGAUCAAUGCAUUAGACCAGGCGACAUAGUGCAUCUUGCCUCCAUACCGAAGGCGAAUGAGGAGGCGAUGUUAAAUGCCGUGGCGAGGGGACCUGUGGCUGUCACUUUAUAUGGGGCUCCGGCAUUUGAUAACUACAAAGAUGGUAUCAUGAGAGGUAGCCCCACUGGUUUGUCUCACAACUUGUGAGUCAUCGUGUCGUCGAAUCUCACCAUCAUCUUGGCAGUUGCCGCCUGUGAUCAGAAGAAAGUGGACCACACGGUGGUCAUUGUCGGUUACAACACCUCAGCAGAUGGGAUACGUUAUUGGAAGAUAAUGAAUAGUUGGGGAGAGUCUUGGGGAAUGAAAGGUUUUGGUUAUGUUGAGCGAACAGGAGAUAAACCAGGUCCGUGCAACAUUCUCUCUGAGAGCCAUCAAUAUCCUCGUUUUGUGGCUACGAUAAGGAGCUCUCCGUGUAUCGGACUUUGAAGGAUUCUCACCGAGAACUUCUCGGCGAGAAAGGCAAUUCAAUCAGAAGCCGAAUCCUGAGGCAGAAUUUUUCAACCCUUUUUCGACUUUUCAUACUAACGCUUUAUUGACACGAAUACAUCAUCCGAUUUUGACAAUACCGCAGUAUAACCGCUUACUGGUUAAUCAUAUUAACUCAAUAUGCGCCAAACGAGUUCACGUGGUAUGCGACUUCUGAGUCUCUUCCAGC